AUGGCGUUUGGGAAAAGAAAAUUUGCAGGCCGCCCGUGCAUUGCAAGUUUUCGAAGUUUACUGGUACACGGUUACAUUUCACCCAGGAUAUUCAGCAUUUGUUAAGACUCGGACUGUUCCACCUGAAUACUGACAAUGGGAGACAGCAGUAAGACAGUUGCCGUUAUCGGUUGUGGGGUUUCUGGCCUAGCUGCGGUCAAGUGCUGCCUUGACGAAGGCCUUCAACCAACUUGCUUUGAGAGGUCAGAUGACUUGGGUGGUCUUUGGAACUAUCGCGAAAACAGCAAACACGAGGUAACGACCUCGGUCUACAGGUCGACCACCACCAACACCAGCAAAGAGAGCAUGAGCUUCAGCGACUUCCUGUUUCCUGACGAGUGGCCAAAUUUUCUCCACAACAGCUACAUGAAGAGGUACCUGGACAUGUACGCCGACAAGUUUGGCCUCAAGAAGCACAUCCACUUCUCGACUAGAGUGACCCGCUUGGCCCAGGCGCCAGACUACGAGUCUACUGGGCGAUGGGUCGUCACUACCCAAGCGGAGGGAGCGGCAAGACAGACUAGCCAGGAGUUUGAUACUGUGAUGAUCUGCACUGGGAUGCUCAACAACCCUAACAUCCCGGAGUUUCCUGGCCUUGAGGGAUUCCAGGGGAAGGUUAUUCACAGCCAGGCUUUCCGGAGGCCGGAGGAAUUCGAAGGCAAACGAGUGGUUGUGGUUGGGAUUGGGAAUUCAGGAGCAGAUGCAGCUACAGACAUCAGCCGUCUGGCAUCACAGGUGUACCUGAGCACCGAACGUGGCGCGUGGAUUACAAGUCGCAUUGGAGACUACGGUAUGCCAUGGGAUCUUGAUUUUUUCAGAAGAUUCUUCAGGGUCCCAGCGAAGCUACACUUGAUUCUUCAUACGGAAUCCAUUAAGCGUCAGUUCGAGAUGUUCUACAAUUCUUUGAUGCCGGCUCAUGGUCUUACGGCCCGCGAGCCACUUAUUACUGAGGAUCUCCCGGGCUGUAUCCUAAACGGCACAGUGAUUAUCAAGGCAAACAUCGCAAGAUUUACCAAGACGGGCAUGGUGUUUGGAGACGGUACCACCGAGGAGGACAUCGAUGCCGUCAUCAUGGCCACCGGCUACAAGGACACGCUGCCCUUUAAGGUUGACUGCCCAGCACUGGAGAUGAAAGAUGGCCGCCUGCCGCUGUACAAGUUGGUGUUUCCUCUAGGCAUGCAGCACAACACGUUGUCGGUCAAUGGAGCUAUCAAACCCUUUGGCGCGUUCAUCCCAUGUGUGGAGCUGCAGGCUCGCUGGGCUCCGAGGGUGUUCAAAGGGUUGGCUGAGCUGCCAUCCCAACCGGAUAUGGAAGCUGAGGUGAAGGCAACCGACGAAGCGAUGAAGGAAGCCUUUCUGCCUUCCCACCGCUACAUCAAUCCCGUAGCAUACUGCAUCAAUGUGGCGUCUGAGAUCGGAGUCGAGCCAAAUUUCCUGAAGCUCUUCUUCACCGAUCCUGUGCUGACUCUCCGGUGCUUGUUUGGACCCCAUGUACCAUACCAGUAUCGACUGGAGGGUCCUGGAAAGAAUGACGGAGCCCGGAAGGCCAUCAACACGGUUUGGGAGCGGGUUCUGAAGCCUACCAAGACAAGACCUAUUGGCCCAAAAGAAGACGCCCGUCAGCAUGUUAUCAUUCUUGGUUUCUGUAUUUCUGUGCUUGUAGUCGUGACGGCCUGGCUUUUGUUGUAAGCGGAGACAGAAGGUCAUCACAACCUUUUGAAGCAAAUUAAGAUACGACGUGACUUGUUGGCCCAGAUACCACAGUGUUGUUCUCCUAUUUUUUUUUCGAUGAUUACAAUUGAAGUACAUGUAUUUAGGAAGGCGUGCUUUUUUUUUCUCGAUGAUUACAAUUAGGUAUAAGGAAAAUACAUGUAUCAAAACAUAUCUUUAUAACAUUUCUUCGGAAAGGACGAACGUAUUUUAAAGCUGGAGUCUAUCAUUUGCAGCUAUCCAAAAAGUAACUGGCGUGAUUCUUGAUGAAACUAACAUACUUGGGUUGAAAGAUAGUAAGAGGAUUAAACUCCCUGUGAAAUUAUUCCUUCUGGACAGCUGUCAUUUUGAAGAAAGCAACAAAAGAAGGCCUUUCCAACUGUGCUUCUUAAGUCGCACCGUACGAAAUUUAAAUUAGUAGUUCGUUUUGUUUUGCAGCGAAGCGCGCGCAA